AUGGACUCGUCCAGUCUCUUCCGUCAGCUACUACGCAUGCCGGUAGUACAUCGCACUGCUCUAAUCGCGCCUACGCGUCCACAUGCGCGCGCUUUCGCCAUGCUCGCACCCCCGCUGCCGCAUUCACGCUUCAUGUCUAUCCCCCGCAUCAUCCAGCCGAGCUUCUGGGCCUCCAUGAUACCCAAGCCACUCAAGACCCGCUCCGAGCAACCUAGGCGCAAAGAGUGGAACCCCGCUACCCCAUACAUCAUUCUUGGACUGCUCGUCGGCAGCCAGGCCAUUCAGAUACUAUGGUUGAAGCAGGAGAGAACACACAACCUUCGCAGAGCCGAGGCUAAGAUUGGUGUAUUGAGAGAAGUUAUUGAGCGUGUACAACGAGGCGAAGACGUCUCGGUUGAAGCAGCUUUGGGGACGGGCGACGCAGCAGAUGAGAGAGAAUGGGCGGAGGUUCUCAAAGAUAUCCAGAACGAGGAGGCUCUCUUCCAGAGUAAAAAGAAGAGAAAGGCCCUGAGAGAUGCUGCUAUGCAAGAUGUCGCCAAUACGCCGGACAAGGACCAACAGGAAACAGCAAAGCGUAACUUCACUAAACAACAGGUGGAGAGCGUGGGCGGAGUCAAGUUUUACUGA